AGAACCUGUUCCUGGAGUUCGGCCCAAGGCAGAGGGCCGGACCUCCUGCAGUUGGCCUCUGCCCAGAGCCUCGUGGGGAGGGGGCCGGCUGCUUGCAGCGGGAUGCCAGCCUGGAACCGGGCCGGCCCCUGGGAGAGAAGGGGGUGGAAUCCCCCGACACCUCCCUGACUCCAGGCAUGGCCCAACCCCAGUCCCUGGAGGGUGGCGAGGCCCCAGGAGCCGAGGUGCCGAUGGCAGAGGCGGGCGGAGACGGCGAGACCUCGGGAGGAGGGGUGUCAGGGGCGGAGGAUGGCCAGAAGUGGCUCCGUUUCCAUUUUUGGCUCUUUGGCAGCGUCCGGGCCAAUGAGUUCUCCAGAGCCCAGGGCCCCAACAAGAGAGGUGACUGGAAGGACCCAGUGCCCAGGCUGGUCCUGCACUUUGCCCACGGGGGCUUCCUGGUCUUCUACAACUGUUGCAUGGUGUGGGCAGCCCAUCCCUGGGCCGGGCCCUCCACGGACAUCCUGUCCAGAGGCUUUCAUCGCGGCCGAGCCCUGGAGGCCUUGAGGCAGGACAAGCCCGUCGGCUUCACUCUCCUGGACCAGAGACACUUCGCUGGGCUGGGAAACAUCAUCAAGAACGAAGUUCUGUACCUCGCCGGGAUCCAUCCGCUCUCUCCAGGCUCGGCCCUGUCCCCGUCGAGCCUGGAGACCCUGCUGGACCUGGUCCUGCAGUUCGGGGGGGAGUGGCUGCAGGCCAAGCAGCAGGGGAAGCGGCAGCCCUAUCGCAUCUACCGGAGGAGAUGCUGUCCGGAGGGGCACCCGGUGACCAAGCAGAGCCUCGGCCCGCCGGGCAGACUGCGGAGACUCACCUGGUGGUGUCCCCUGUGCCAGCCGCUCCUCUCCCGGGCAUCUCCUGAGCCCAACCGUCUCCUGUGAUGAUGUGGGCCGCCGGGCUGGUUGGAGCCGGGAGGGCUCAAAGUUUACUUCUGGUUUUGUUGGGUGGGUUAGUCCUGAGGGGUGUGGGUGGCGGGGCAGGGAGACUUCCAUCCCACACAGGGGGUGGUGAGGGGUGAAGGAGGGAGAGAGCGGCCCCCUCCUACGGGGCAGGAGGAGGCCAACCGAAAUAUAAUGGUUGAAAAUAAAAACACGAAUGGUGAAGAGAAAA